CGCGCCGCGGCGCCGCCUUCCUUGCGCACCACCACCACCACCGCCACCACCUUCCUCCUUCGCCUGGCCGCUGGCAGCAGCCGCAGCCGCAGCAGCCGGCCUGCUCCUCCAUCAUACCACCGUCGCCGCCGCCCAGUGCCAUCUUCGUCGUCUCUCCCCCGCAGCAGCGCUCUUCGAUGUCGGUUCUGCACACAUUGGUGGUGCGCGUGACGGACAAUGCGCGCAACUCGCCGGACCUCGCCGCUCGCCGCCGUCUGAAUUUUGAGCAGGCUCGUGUGAUUUCUGGAAAUUCUCCUUCCUGCACCUCACCGACGAAUGCGUUGAGAACAGCGCCGUCUGGCGCGACUACGCAACGGGCAAUGCCGCGGGCGACAGCGACGCUCAGAGAGCGUCCCGCCAGGCGCUGCAGCAGCUCCACUCUGCACCAACAAAGGGCCACUCGGUUUCGCACCUCGAGGACCAGCUCGAACUCACGGCCUCGGCGUUCAAACACACGCUCAUGGCAACGGCCGCUGCCAGCUGGACCGUGGCCGACGUCGCCCUCGUUCCCGUGGCGAUGCUGCUGGGCCUGAUUCCGGCCGAGGCCAUGGACAACGACGUGCAGCUAAGGCUUGGAUCCGUGCCGCCUUUCGCUCUGCGUAGCCGCGCGUCGGCACUGGACCUGAGCUGCUGGACGAUGCGCAUCGGCAGCAGCCUCGAGCAACGCGACAUCGCGGUCGAUCUGCCGCGCAUGUCUCUGUCCGCGAUGGCGCGCCACGUCCGGACACUCGUGCAGCCUGUCGCACCUGCAGCGCAGCCCCUCGCAACUUGCCGCUCGACGUUCACAGUGUGCCUGACGGAGGACCAGCUGCGCAACUUCGAGAGGGCCGCCACGCGCGCAGAGGGCUGGUACGUCUGCUCACACCUGUACGAUGCGCUGGCUCCUCCCAGCACGGAGCGCGGCAAAGAUCCCCGCGAAACUUUCCGCGAAGCUCUGAAGGUCGCGUACGAUAGCGGCAGCGCAGCCGUCACGCCAAGUGACCGGCACUGGCACAACAAGGCAUGCAUCGCGAGCUCAGCCAAGAUCGACGCGUGCGAUGCCGCGCACCUCGUGCCUCGCAGCGUCGGGAAGGAGGCAUACGAGGCGGCAGAGACCGCCAUCCAGCGCACCGAGAGCACUGUGCCGUGCGCCGACACGGAUCUCGACACGCUCGCAUUGCUCGACGUGCGUCUCGGCUCGCUGCUGCCGCCGGCAGCGGAGACAGCCAAAUCCAUUCCCCUCGACUCGUCCCGCAACGGCGUGUUCCUGAACUUGCUUCUGCAUCGGGCGUACGACGACUUCGCCUUCCUCUUCACGCCGUCCCUCAACUUCGUACACGUCACGAGGCCCACACACGGCGCUCUGUGCCAGAGCGUAGUCGCGGACUCGGUCGGCGAGCACGAGCGCCCCUUGGAGCAGCCUGGCUGGCACACCUCCGUGCUCCGCGACGUUACCGGCACGGGUGAGCCCAACGCGCUCAAGUCAAAGGUCGCGGCACUGCACCUCUCCUCGUUCGUGUCGAUGUGCGCACUCUUCCUCGUCGCAGAGAUCAAGAUGAAGGGUGGACGACAAGCCGCUCCGAUCCAGGUCAGCGCCGCCCAGCCCUGCGGAAGCACGCAGCAGGCCGGAGGCAGUGCGCAAACAGCCGGAGCGCAAGAGACUGCUACGCACGAGACCGGCGAGGCUUCUGAGCCGUCACCGAAGCGCCCGCGCACGAAUGUGACCGAUUCUGAUGUGCAAGUGCGCUCUGCAGGACGCAUCUCGACGGCAUCGCGCUCCUCCGACCUUGGGUCUGACCCAGUCUCCGAGUCCUCGAACCCGACGAGCACGAGCUCAGGCUCGGGCCCGAGUGGCUCAGGCUCCGGCUCAAAGCUCGGGAUGGCCGCAGUGAGCACCAAGUCCAGCCCGCACUCGGACCUUGGGCACUUUCCGAACACGUCGUCCGCACGUGCGAAGAUCGAACAGCCGCCGGUGCUUCGCUCGCGCGCAUCAGGCGACACUGAGUGCAGUGAUGACGAGGAGGAGGAGGAGCGUCGAGCCGCCGAGGAGUCUGAGGAGGAGGAGCGUCGCGCCGCCGAGGAGGCUGAGGAGGUGGAGCGUCGCUCUUCGGGAGAGACUGAGCUGGCUUGCUUCCUGGCGGUCGCCCUCUUCGCCGCGCAUCGUCUCGAAGCAGCGGAGGCACGGGCAUAGAGGCGCUAGCAAGAGAUGACCGCCAUACUUGAUACCCCCAGCAAUAGCAUACCAUCGCAG